UUGGGGCGUCGGGCCCUCGGCGCGGAGAGCUGCGAAGUGGCUGCUGCUUCUCCUUGGCUUCCUUUUGCCGGGAAGGUCCCGCCGGUCGCCUCUGGAAGGAGUUCUCUUCCCCACCCCGCGGUUUGGGUGCGAAGGCCAGUUCCGGCUUGGGAACUGGAUGGGAAGCAGCAGCAGCGCGGGUGGCUGCAGGGGCGGCGGGCAUGGGGGAGCGUCUUAGCACGGCGAGCUCUCCGCCGGAGCCAGACGGAGCCGCCCCCGAGCCGCGUCUCCCGGCCACGGAGACUCAACCUCCGCUCCCCACAGUCAGUGGAAGGACACCAAGGCCACAGCAAGAGGACGAUGCUGGACCGCCGCCGGCUGAAGCUCAAGGCCAGGAGGCCGGCGACGGCGGCGGGGCUCCCUUGGAAGAGGGUCCAUGCUCGGAAGCGCCAAGUAGCAACAGCUACCCGUUUGCUCUGAGGCCCGUCUACCCUGCGGUGACCGAGGAGUCUCCUUCUCCUCCUCCAACUCCAGGAGAAGAGGGCCGACAAGAAGACCCCCCGCCCGCCGUCUCGCCGCCGCCGCCGCCCUCCUCCCAGCCAAGCGUAGUGGGAGCUGGAGGAAAAGGAACCCCUUCCGGCAACGUCGAGGUGGACCUGUACCUUCUGCCCGAAUCUUUCUCCGGCCUGAUCUCCGGGACCCUCCUGGUGCUGCCUUGCCGCGUCUGUCUGGAGGAGAAACCCCUGAAGCCGCUGCCGUGUUGCAAGAAGCCCGUCUGCGAAGCGUGCCUCAAGCGCUAUCUCAGCUCGCAAGUGCAGGUGGGGCAAGCAGAUAUCCCAUGUCCGAUUACAGAGUGCAAUGAACAUCUGGAUGAAACCACCAUCCUCUUCAACUUGCCACAUGAUGACAUCAUCAAAUAUAAAUACUUCCUGGAACUUGGCCGUAUCGGCUCAGGCACCAAGCCAUGCCCUCAAUGCAAGCACUUUACAACCUUCAAGAGGAAAGGUCAUAUUCCGAACCCUACCAGAAUGGAGAACAAGUACAAAAUCCAGUGUCCAACCUGCCAAUUUGUGUGGUGUUUUAAGUGCCACUCUCCUUGGCACGAAGGUGUCAACUGCAAAGAGUUCAAAAAGGGAGACAAACUGCUACGUCACUGGGCCAGUGAAAUUGAACAUGGGCAAAGAAAUGCUCAAAAAUGUCCAAAAUGCAAGAUUCAUAUUCAGAGAACAGAAGGCUGUGAUCAUAUGACUUGCUCACAAUGCAACACUAACUUCUGUUACCGCUGUGGGGAGAGAUAUCGCCAGCUUCGUUUCUUUGGAGAUCACACAUCAAACCUCAGUGUUUUUGGAUGCAAAUACCGCUACCUCCCUGGAAAUCCACAUUUAAGGAGAUUUGUGAGAGGCUCUGUCUGUGGUGGGAAGUUACUUAUUGCACCAGUAAUAUUGGUUUUGGGACUGGUAGUAGGAGCUGUUGUUGUUCUAAUAGGUAAGAGAAAAAGGUUUAUUUGUGUUCCCCAUCUAUUGCCUUUGUAAAAAGAAGAAGAAAAGACCACAAACUGAAAUGCCCUGGUACGAGUGAAGAGUUGUGCAUCUGAAUGGAGCUGAUCCUGCAAGGCUUAUGCAAAAUAACAGCAACCAGCAAUAGUGUGUUUGUUAACUAUCUUGAUAUCACAGCCCUGGCAGAGAUUAGGGGGCCAUCUGCCAUAUUCUUAUUGCACUGUACACUACUGAAGACAAGUCAGAAUUUUGCUCAGACCUGGGGCCUCAGAAUUUUUUUUUUAAUUCCCAAGCCAACUGCCUAAGGUUUAGUUCAGCUCUUCUUUCUUGAACAGCUUAUAUCUGCACUGUAAAUGCCUAUCUACUGAUGAGCUCAUGAAAGGAGUAUAUAAUUCAGCAACAUUUUCUCCAGUUAUUGAUAAUAACUCUGGAACUUUUACAGAAGCAAUUCGAAUGAAGGUGACUUCUCUUCACAGAGGUUGGUUUCAUGUGGGCAGUUGAUUAAAAGUAUUAUGUUAAAAAUGAUUUUUAUGGUCAUCAACACUAUGAUGAUUGGAUCCAUCUGGUACUGAAUGGAGUAAUUGUCUUAGAUGUGAAAUUUUGCCUAAUAAUGAACCAUAAUAUUAGCUGUUGACAGAUAUCCAGAAUAGAAAUGAGAAAUGAUUAGAAGAGCAUCAAUAUCUCAUAUUUUACUACUGUUUAAAAAGUUGGAAGAAUUAGCUUGGAUGUUUGGGAGAUAAUGUCAUCCAUUUAUCGUGUUUUGAAUUGUAUAAGGAAUUCACUGUGUCUAACCUAAUUAGAGAAAGACAAAAAGCCUGCUCUUUGUGGUUGUUCGGUAGUGUCUGAUGCAAUGCCAAGCUUUUCAUACAUAUCCGCACCAGAAGACAGUAGCAUGAUCAUAAUCUAAUAUGCCACAAAAAUCAAGAUGUUUUGAAGAGCUAGGAAAUGAAAUAAUCUUCCUUCAGAUAGUUCUUCACAGUGUUCAGCAAAGUCCAUUAUAGAAAGUAACACUUUGCUCUGAAGAAAUCAACAUAUAUUACAUUUCCACCAAACUGUACCAGUUUGUCUAAAACUGUGUUUCCAGUUCUUCCCUAGGAACAUCUAGAAAUGUCUGUAGUUCCAGAAAAGAUUCUUAAUAUAAGGCCAAUUAAAACACAGUGCCAGUUGGUCUGGUUCUUCAUAAGGUGAGGAAGAAGAUGUGGACCUUACUGAUUAGUCUGCCAUAUCAUGACUUAUCCCUAAAAGUUGGGAAGGAUCAUGACUAUUGGGUGACACCUCUGUGCUUUUGUACGGACUCAGCAUGCUCAUGCUUCUGUACAGUUCUCUGGUGUGCACCAAGUGUCAUAAAGUAGGUUAUUAUAUACCUAAAUUGGCCCAUAUACACAUACUGAAUAUAAGUGAUUGAAUUCCAAGAUUACCAGUAAAAUUCUAAGUUUCUUAAAAGCUAUUACAACAAAAUUGAAUGAUACCUUUGUUUGACUUCAAGAGCAGUUAGCCAAAUAACAUUGUGUUUUUCUUGUUGGUGUGCUUUUAAAAUAAUAACCAUUUAUAUUGGAUUUAAAAUUUAAAAAUGAUAAUAGGUUAACAGGUUUAGGAAUAAAAACAAUCACGGAUAUAUUUUUUAAGUUUUUCUGUUUUGUCCAAGGUAACAUAGAAGAGAAUGUUGGGGUAAAGGAGAACAUGAUAUGCAGUUAGUCCUUAGGAACUUAAUUUUAAAAGUGGCCUUUAAGUCACUGAAGUAGUUCUACAGUGAGAUGAAAGAUCUUUCACUCAUUGAAGACCUGCAGCUCAAGUGCAAUCUCUCUCUCUCUCUCAUGUUGUUUUGGCUUGAGUGAGAGAGGCCAAAUCACCUUUUCCAUUUCCAUGAGUCAGUGUUGAGAUGUCCAUUUGCAUUCUAUGGACAACAUGAUUCAGUCUGAGGUAUUAAUACUUCUUGUCACUAUUGGACAUCCUUAAAAAAAAGUAAGACAGUAUUACCGAAAAUGGCUAUUUUGUAAAUUGUUCUUGAAUUCAGUCUAUAAUAAUGCCAGUAGGCUCCAUUAUACUGAAAGGGAAGACAUACACAUUUUAGCAAAACUUGGAGCGGUUUGUUGAUCAGUACAAAAUCAACUGUAGUAUAUAAUCUGGAUUCAUUGCCUGGCGUCAGCUGAAGUAAACUGAUGUCCCUAAUUUGUUAAAUAUGUUCAUGCUAAAUUCUGUAUAGCUAUCAGUCAUUUUCUAUUAACCACAAAUAAUACCCAAAUUUACUACUGCCUUUUCAUCCAUUAAAAUUAAACUGAUUUUGGGAAGUCCCCAAUGAAACAUUGCAUUUUAACAUAAUUUUUAUUUAUUAAAAGAAUAGAUUUAGAUCUGUUGAAAUUAACAGUCUUUAAAUUAGUUAGGACUACCUUAGAUAAUUUGAUUUCAAUGCGUCCGCUGUCAAAGCAAAUCUGCAUUCAACUAUAUGCUAUUGAUAUAUUUUUAGCUUAAUAUGUUUUUCUUUAAUAGUGUUUCUCAAAGUUGAAUGUUGCCUUAAACUUUUUUUAAAAGAUUGUAUACUUAAUCCCAAAUAAUUGUUUUCUCAGGCCAAACAUAUCUAUUGUCUUUGAUUUACUCAGGGAUUUUAGUCCUUCCUUAUAAUGUCAGAUGUUUUUGUGAAAACAUUUUUGUAUUACUAACAUUCAGACAUCCAAGUUAUGAUUGGAUUUGAUGUUUAUAGUGUGGAAUACAUUAAAGCAACAUCAAGGCUUCCAUUUGAUUUAAGAAUUAUCUUUUCCUGCAAUGCUUCAUAUUUUCCCCCUUCUUUUAUCCUUGUGAAACAUAAAGCCUACUGUAUAGUAAUUCUUGGAUUUUGUCUAGAAACCUUCAUAUGUAAGAGCAAAUUAUGUGCAAAGACAAUUGGCUUAUUAGAUAGCCCAUUUGGCUAGAAUACAAUAUCAGGUCUUGAUAGAGAUAACAAUCAAUGAUUUUGUGUACAGAUUCUGCAUUUGAGCUAUCAGAGUGGACCCUUAUGAAAUGCUGCGAUCUUUUUCAUUCAUGUUUGCACAUUUGGGACCACAUAAAAUAAUCUCAUUUAUGGAAGCCAAAUGUUCUAUAAGUGGAUUACUUUUGCUGGACAAAAUGCAUGUCUGUUUUGCUUUUUUAAAAAUGGCAUCCUGGAUAUAAAUUGGGUGGUACUGAAAAAGUUGAUAUAUUAAAAUAAAGAAAAGACACAAAUAUGUAUGCAUAUUACGCUUGUAAAAAAUUAAAAUUGAAGCUUUAUUCUCAUUCUAAUUCUUUUAACACAAAACAUACUGCUUGAAGAAAUAUUUCAGUCAAAUCCUGUAGUUAUUAUUACUUUAGUGAAUUCACCCCAAAAUGAGAUUAUACUGUCCCAUAAAAAAAACAUAUGCAUUAGAAACUUUCUAUAAAGUGUUGAUUAAAGAUUAAUCUUUGCAAAUUGUACUUCAGUCAGCCUUAACUACAUAUCUGUGAACAUGUUCAGUUUAACAAUCAUUGAAUAAUUAUGGAUUGUUUCUGGGAGAAAAUUCUAUUUUUCUGAAUUGUUUUUUGACUGAUAAAUAUUGUGUUUCUCUUUCACAAUUUCUGACUUGUUCUUUGGUGCUUUUCUGAGAAAAGUUAUUCCAGUUUAAAUUACUUUUGUCCCCUAUAUUUCUAGCCUUUCCUUAUUUAUAGUAAGGAAGUCAUCUUUAAUAUUUUUAUUUAUAUAAUGUAACUUUAUCAGAGCAAAAGACUUGAAAUAUUUAAAUUAUUUAAGUUUCCUUUUUAGGAUACAACUCUUCUUUAGUUUGACAGUGAACAAUCAGAAAAGCUUGAAUGAUAUUGUGCCACUCAAGUAUUUAUUCUAAGGUCCUGAUUGCUAUAUAACUAAAUAUGUCAACCCUAGGAAGCUUAGAUUAUCCAGCGCUUUUUAAAAUAUAUAUUUGCCAAAUAGAAUUGUAUUUGCAUAUAAAGUAAAAUACAAAAUUGCAUGAGGAUUUCAUCUUAAUGGAGAAAUUACUAACAUUCUGGCUCCAUUUGAUAUUUAGCUUGUGUUUGGUUUCCGCAAAUAGGCUUUCUCUGAUUAUAACAAACUAUUGUGCUGCAUUUGGAUAUUUUCAGUAAAUGAAGUUACCUUAUAAAAACCAUAAUCACAAUGCAGUGCAGUUCUUGGCUACAUAUGUAUUAUUUCUAGAGCACUUUCUUUAGAACUAUUCAUUUAAUAUGUUGUCUAUGUUAAAGUAAUGAAUAGAUGAAAAAAAUAAGAUGAUGUAGUCAUGUAACACUACUGCCAUUUCUGGUACAGUCUUUACUAAGACAUUCAGCGAAUUAUAAGAAAUAUGAUCUUGCUUUAGGUAGCAUUAUGGUUGAUAUCUGUAUUGAUGCUUGCCUGCUUUUUUUCUAAAUAUGACAAAGUUUUUGUUAAAAACAGAGAAAGCUGCCCUGUAAUUUGAUGGAUCCAACAAAAGCAGUGAAUUAUUGAACACGUUGUUUUACUAAUGUUAAUCUAUGAAAAUAUGUCAGGUAACCUUUUAUUAAAAUAUACAGUUGUAUCCCAUCCAUUUAUACUUCCCUUCAGGAGUGCUGAUUUAUGCCUUUAAAGGGCUUAUGUAAUUGUGUUGUCUUUCUGGAUGUGUCUUAGUAUUAGCAAAAUAUGCUAGAGAAGAAAAUCCUCCGUUACAAUCCAUAGUAAUUCUAAUCAGCUCUGUCUCGUGGGAGGAGAUCACUGCAUUUUCCAUCAACAGAUGUCAGCUAUGUAAGUUGUUGCUUUACUCAUUUGCUUCUCUGAGGUGUAUGGCAGUAGGAUCUGAAUACAGAAUGUUGCAAACUGUAGAAUACUAAUUAUUACUGAGUACACUUGCAGUCAUAUACAGAAGUUUCAAGGGCAAAGGAGUGAAUAUGUCUUUUUUCCCCCAUGUGGCACCCAUAAUCUUUUUAAUGCAUUGCCAAUAUUAUGUGCUAAUUUCAUAGCUUCUCUCUUUGUGUAACAUUUCCAAAUAAGUUGCAUAUGAAAUCCUGUGAGAAGGCAAGGUGAUUUGUUUGUUUAUUUAAAUAACCUAGUAUGUGUUAAAAUUACACUUGGACCUAUAUGUACAUUUGUGUUGUAAUAGACUUUAUUUGAUUAUAAAAAUCAUAAAGAUUAUUUCUGAAAGGAAGUGGUGGACUAAUUGACACAAAGUAAAUCUGAAACAGUACGCUUCCCAUGGUAAAAAUAAAAUAAAAACAUCUAUGUUCUCCUCUGGUUUCAGAAUCGGUGUCUCUAUUUUUCUUUUUCUGUAAUUUUCUAUAAAAGUUUGUAUUAAAGACUUUAAUUUAGUGGCAGUUAAUCUUUCCUGCCCCUUCUAUAGUUCCCAAUAACUGGAGGGAUCUCUCAUGUCAGGAUCAGCUUUCAGGAAUACAAUGAUAGAAUUUUUACUGAGAAAUGGGAGGAAAGCUGGAUACACCUGCAAUUUUUACCUCUAGCCCAUAUUUUCUGUAUGAAGUGGAUGUGAAGAAAAUUUUUAAUAAUGCUGGGGAUUAUUAGAGACAUGCAGUAAUUCCAUUAAAGUGAUUUAAAACCAUGGAGAAUGAAGCAAAGAUUUUGCAACCUUGAGUGAAAUUUCUUGAUCUUUAAUGCAAUUUGAGGUAAAAUAAAGGUGAAAAUGUAUUCAGUAAAACCCAUCGGGAUAAGACCAUUUAACACCUCCCCCCACACACACACUGACCCUUUCCCCCAUUAUGAGAGAGAGAGAGAGAGAUUUAAAACACUCUAUUUCCCACAAAGAGCCAAGAUUUUGGAGUCUUAAGUGAUAAAAUCGGCUAUGUUGCCAGGAAAUUUUAAAAGUUCCCAGUCAUAAGUUGCCAUUUCCUGAUUUAAAAAAAGUAUGAAUAGAAGACAAUAUAAUUAAACCAGUGGGAUAUUUUGUGUUUUUUCAAUGGAUGAGCCCUCUUUGUAUGAGUGCCUCUCUUUGGUAGGGAGAUCGGAUCAAUUAGGAUGGAUGGAUGGAUGGAUAGAUAGAUAAUCAUAUAUUACAUUUUUUUCUGCAUGGGUAUGCAUAUGUUGAGUUGAAAAAAUAUUACAAGUAGCCACUAGAUAAUGGAAGAUAGAUUUUUUAAAAGUAGGUAUAUCCACAUUCUGCUUAAAAAUAUUUUGUAUCCUAAGAGCAUAGGAUUAUUCCUUUCCAUCUUCUGAAUAUCUUGGUACUGUGUAUAUUUGAAUAUUUAAAUAGAAAUAUUCAGUAAGAUGUUUUAUGUGAUCCCAUAAAUUUCCAUUACUUUGAAUUUGAGACUUUCAUAUGAAAUCAUUCCUAAGGCUGGUAAUUGUUCUGAAAACUGUCAAAAUAUUCCAUCUGUAUUUUCAUAAUACUAAAGAACAUGGACAAAAGUAAAUUUGAUAAGUCUUACUUUUCCUCUUGUUUUUUAUAUCCUGUUAAUCCAAAUUAAACGACUAUCGCUUUUAGCAUAAAAUCACUUUUCUUUGCAUGGAAGUUUUAAAAGUAAGCAACUUAUCAAUAAAAUAGUGUGCAUUGUAUACUACAGAAUUACUUCCAAUCGUCCAUUAAGCCAGUUAAUGGAGUAAAUGCUUCAUAAAACGAUAAAAUGAAAUUGUAGCACUGCACUGGCCUUUUUCAGCAUCAUUUCCAUCCAUGAUCCCACUAUCCCAGGGGUGUCAAACUCACAUUGUCACGUCAUCGUCAUGGGAUGUAUUGUGGCUUUUUCCUCCUUCGCUAAACUGGGGUGGGGGUGGCCAGCGCGUGAUGCAUCCGCCCUGUGGGCUGUGAAUUUGACACCCCUGCACUAUAUCAAUUACUUUUUCAUAAUAGUUGUACAUGAAGAAAAACUUGUCCUUCUAAUGAUAAUUACUCAUAAUCCAAGAUCUAGAGUUUGCAAAUCCACUAAGUACUAGCAGCCAUAUACUAUAUUUGUAUUUAUUGACAUUAAUCUUUGCCUAUGUCAUUUUUAUUUAUAAAAAUUAACUUGAUGACUGAGGCUGAAGUUCCAUUUCAUCCAAGAGUUGUUUUCCAAUAACAUUUAAUACUUUUGAAAUACAAGAAAGAACAUAAACACAAUAAUUAUUACUCGUCCCCAGCAUAUUAGGGAACUGCUUCUUUACAGGAAGGGUUCCAUUUAGAAAUUUGUGCUAUUAUCAAUGGAUAAUAGCCAUUCAACUUUUAUGAUGAUUCAUCUAUAGUGUUUUAGAUACAGAUUUAGCAUAUUAAUACGCAAUAUAUUUUCUAGGCUCAACUGUGUUACAGCUUGGUAAUGUAUUUCACUAACGAAUUUGAGGCAAUAUUUUCCCAGUAUAUUUCUGAACAUUCACAUUGGAAUGCCAGUGGCUGUUAAUUGUUGUUGAUGUUGGUUGAAGCUCCAUCCAAAAUGUUUUAUAUUGUUCUAAGUAAGUGCCUUUUGGUUUAAAAGUGGCCUGUAUAGUUUCUUUUCUAUAUUGCAUAUGUACUACAUGUAUUGAAAUAAACAUGUCCUGAUGAAUGUAGAUCAUACCUUAAUUGAACAGACCGUGCAUGCACAUAUAUAUAAUAUUCAAGACACAAAAGGAAAGUAUUCUGCUGCUAAUGUAUGUCCUGCUGGACAGGACUUUUUAACACAAAAUGAAGGUUUAACUUUAAAAAAAAAAUUGGUUACCAUAAAACUGUUCAGUUACAAUUGUGUCUUUCAUUUUCUGUUUUGAAAAUUGAAUGCUAUUUAUGGUGUAAGCAACUCCAGGAAUUAGUGUUAUCAGUAACAGCAGAUUAACGGUCAGAAGCCUAAAGAAUACUUUUGUUUUUGUUUUCCAUUGAUCUUCAAGUCUAUCUGUGCUUAAGAUGAGAAAGUUCAAUCACAAUAAAUAUGUAUAGUCCAUAUUAAUUUGAUCUAAAAACUGUAUAUUGGGCAAGCAACACAUGGAUAUUUAUAUGCAGAAAUAUUAAGUAUUUUUUAAAUUGCACAUUAACUUUCAUAGCAAUA